AGCCGCUCCGAGCGGGCCCGGCCGGGCUCUCACGGGGCCGUCACGGGUUCGGGCGGUCCCGCUGCUCCCCGCGGAGGCGGGGCCGCUGCCGGGCCGAGGCUGGGCCGCCCGGGGCGGCUCGGGCACGCCUGUUCCUGUGGGCGCGGCGGGGCGGGAGUUUCAAACGCUGCGUGCGGGGAGCCCGCGCUCGGCUCGCCCGCAGCGCUCGGGGCUGUUUGUGCUCGUCCCGCCGGAAGGAUCCGCAGGCGCUGAGAAGGAAUCUGCAAAUGCUGGAGCGCGCCGCUGCUGUCCUUCGGUUAAAAUCCACCUUCUGGCAACAAGGAAGCGAAAACAAUGGGAGUGACUUACCUAUGGCAAAUCCUCGAGCCUGUGAGGCAACCUGUCAACAUAAGUAGUCUCAGAGGGAAAACACUUGCUGUUGAUUUAAGUUUGUGGGUUUGUGAAGCACAGACUGUUAAAAAGAUGGUUGGAGUAGUUGCCAAGCCACAUCUCAGAAACCUGUUUUUUCGGUUCUCUUUCUUUACAUCAAUGGGAAUUAAACUUGUGUUUGUCAUGGAGGGAGAGGCCCCCAGGCUGAAAGCAGACACCAUGAGCAAGAGGAAUGAGAUGCGCUAUGGGCCUUCGAAGAAAGCUGGAGCUGUAAGAACAGGGAGGUCUUUAUUUACAGCCAUGUUAAAAGAGUGUCUUGAACUGCUGGAGUGUUUAGGUGUCCCUUGGGUUCAAGCAGCUGGAGAGGCAGAGGCAAUGUGUGCCUACCUAAAUGCAAAAGGACUUGUUGAUGGCUGCAUUACCAAUGAUGGAGAUGUUUUCUUGUAUGGAGCUCAAACAGUUUAUAGAAACUUUGCCAUGAAUGCUAAGGAUCCACAUCUUGACAGUUACACAAUGUCCUCUAUUAAAGAGAAACUCGGUUGUGACAGAGAGUCUUUGAUUGGGCUAGCAGUUCUUCUGGGCUGUGAUUAUCUUCCAAAGGGGGUUCCAGGAGUUGGGAAGGAGCAAGCUUUAAAGUUAAUUGAGACUCUGCAAGGUCAAAACUUAUUGCAAAGAUUUGAGCAGUGGAAGGAACAAUUUCGGCAUGAUGAUAAUCCACCUUUGGUUGUUAAAAGGGUAAUUCACUGUUCAGAGUGCCAUCAUCCAGGAUCUUACAAGGAACAUGAGCACAAUGGAUGUAAAUUCUGUGAAAGUGUGAGAUGCUGCAAACCCAGUGACUCCAAACACUGCUGCCCCUGUGCAUGGCAUCAGUGGGAGCGAGUGAAACAAGCAAAUGCGUUGGAGGACAGUAUCAGAAAAAAAGCCAUGAGCUGUGAGGGCUUUCCAUUUUCUGAGGUUAUCCAUGAGUUUCUUGUAAACAAGAAUAAAAUGAUCAACAUAAAGGAAUGUCGAAGGCCAAAUUUAUUGUCCUUUCAGCUAUUUGCUUCAGAGAAGAUGGAAUGGACCAAACAUUAUGCUUGUAAGAAGCUGUUAGCACUUUUGACACGUUAUGAUAUGAUCCAGAGAAAAUCCGGAAACAUUGAUUCAAAACAACUGCAGGCAAUACGGACUGCUACAUCGAGGAAUGGAAAAAUGGCCAAGUAUACAGUUACUAAAAAUGGACAUGCAGGGAAGAAAAAGCAAGAUAAGCAUGCAAUUACUUUCUCCCAGAAUACUUUCCCACCAUCCAGGAUUGUUAAGACCCGUGUUAAAAAUGGAAUUCCUUGUUUUGAAAUUGAAUGGCAAAAGCCAGAACAUUAUGUUGAUCCAGAAGAUGAGCCUGUGGAGUUGUUUGUAGUCACAGUAGAAGAAGAGUCUUUGUUCCAGGCUGCUUAUCCUGAUGUUGUUGCCCUCUAUCAAGUGGAAAAGUCAGACAUUCUUCAGAAGAAACAGAAAAAAAAGAAAGACAGAUCAGAAGAAAAGGAAUUACCAAAUUCUUAUGCUGAAAUUACCAGUCUUCUGUCUCAAAUUAAUUUAAAGCCUACACACAGAAUUCUUCCUGUGCAGCACUCCAUGUCAGAUACAAAAUCUCCUCCAGAAGAUCAGACACAGCAGAGAAGUACUGGAUCAAAAGAUGUAGCAUUACCUUCAGCUUCCUGCAGCACAUCAGUUCACGUGUCAACAUCAGCAGCUGCUCUUGCUGACUCAUCUGUGCCCUCACAGUGCACUAAGUAUUCAGGGAUGUCAUCCUCUUACUUUGUGCCUGGUCUGCAGCUGAGCAGUACUGGUGGGAAAGGAACCUCCUUCAGCUCUACACCAGCCCAUGGAGGUGAUGACUGUGAUCCAGCAGCUGACUUAACCACAUGCAUAAAACACUCACAUCCACUAAGUCAUGGAACAGUAAGAAAUAGCUCAGAGUAUUCUGAUGUUACACAGUCUGAUGUGCAUUCUGAUAGUGAAGAUGAUUUGUUCACAAAUUACGCUGUGGGACAAAUUCAGGAAUGGUCUUUAAGCGAGAGAAUACUUAAGAAGGCUCCCAUUCCAUCACAGCCUUUGUCUGAAGAUGCAGUGCAACUGGAGUCUUUGAAUUGUUUUAAACAAACAAAAGAAACAUUGAAUACUGAUAGAAAUCAUGUCUCUUCCUCAUGUCAGUUAAAUAACCCAGUGCAGGAAAAUAAAAAUGUUCUAUCAGAAAACUCUGCUAGUGCAUCCAGCCUACAUAUCUAUCAAGAUGCAUACAAAAAAGCUGACAUCCUGGCUGAGAUGGUGCAAAAAGACCCUUCCAGAAGUGGUUCAGCAUCUCUAGCCUGCAGUGGGAAAACAACAGAGACACUUCAUCCUGGGUGGGAAAUGCUUCCAGCAUCUCAAAAGCCAGCAGAUGCAACUGGCUGUCACAUUAAAGAAGCUGGUAUCGAAACUUCUUGGAAAGUUUCUUCUAAGAAGAGUGUCUGUCAGAACAGAUGCUCUUCCAGCGAAGACAGUGAUGAUGGGCACGUGGAUAAAAUCCUGGUUUAUGAGCAGCAGAAAAGGCAACUGAACCCUGGCCAGUUUAAGAAAUGUUUUACAAAGAAAAAGGGUAGCAUUGUUACUAGCAAAAGGACAAACAGUGACUCAGCCCUUACAAUUAAGAGGAAGAAUAAAAUGAUCAAUUUAGAGAAAGCUGCCAAUGGUUUCUCAGUGCAAGUAGCUCCAAAACCAUCCUCUGUAGAGGAAGUUAAUUGUUCCCAAAGUCCAGAGAGACCAGUUGAAAGACUGGGUUCUGAUCCCACACAGCAAGAGAAAAGUGCUGCUCUGACUUCUGCGUGGGCAGACAGUCCCCUUCCCCUGUCUGAAAGACUGAAAAGAAGAAUCAAAAUCAAUUAGGUUCUCCAUAAAAUAGAUUAUGAUAGCAAUUAAUUGUCAGUUCUUUCUCAGAGUUUCUGCAGUAUGCUCUAUCAAUCUUAUGUGGACACAGUUUUAAUGAAUAGGAAGUGCUGGCACUGGAGCUGAAGUUUGAAACAAAAAUGUUAACAAAAGUGCCAAACAGUUGAUUGUAGGCAAGUAUCAGUCAUUCUGUGUGUGUUUACAUUCUGAACUUGAAACAUAAGCAUCAGCAUACAGUAUGCAAGGAUGAGGGAGAUUUACUUAAGAAAAAGAGGGUUUUUUCCUAACCAGUUAUGCAGAUUUUGUCUUGCUUACAAAAACAUUUACCAGAACAGUGCCUGCAGUGCUGUUGGACUUUCCUAAUAAGACAAAAUGAUGCAGCAUUUUUAAACUGAAAUUCUCCAUUCUCCUCUACUAAUUUAAUUCUGCAAGUUCUGAAACGGGUUUUGAAAUCCUGUGUUUCUGGUUGUAUUGACCAUCUCUGAAGGACCAGAUAGAGACACACAGCAGAUGGAUGUCAGAGAGUAGCUGAAUUUAUAUCUGCUAUGCCCCAUAAUAAGCUGUUCUUCGGGGGUGCACCUCUUCCAAAGAGUGGAAUAAGCCAUGUAAGGAUAUUCUGGUGUUGUAGCUGUCAUAUCUCAUAUUUAAGGAAUUUGAUGACUAAUUUAAUUAAAUUUACUUAAGGUAUUUUUUUCUUAAAGAAGGUUGAAAUCUCAUCUAAAAUUCACUUCCAUUCAUAAUAGAGUGAAAGUUAAGUUACAGACAAUCUAGUUAUCAUAUUGCAAGUCCUUUGAAUAUCAUGUUUGGGUAUUUUUUAAAAGGGGAAAUUUGACUACAGUUUUGAAAGUGCUCUUCCUACCUCUUUACUGCAGAAGCAGUCUCUGUUCAUACACCAAAAAAAGUUGUUCUCAACAGUUGCCUGUUGGAGGAAUGCCUCCUUGUCUGUAUUAGGCGUUUGUAACUUCUUCUGUGCACCAGCCAGAAGGAAAACAAUUCUUGUCAAGACAUAUUGUUAACAAGAGAAAUUAGAAUAUCUGUGCCUUAGUAAAAAAUGUCAGUUCUUCAUCAUGGUCAAGGACCAAGUUUGGAAGUUGAAUUCCAGAUGUGUGUAAGGAAGACAUGGGUAGCCUAUAACUAAUACAGUCUGUAAUUAGACAAAAUGUUACUUUCUUAGUUUAUUCUGUGGGAAGAUGGGUAAAGUUUUAUUUAUAAUCGAUUUUCCAAAUGAGAGAUGUAUUCUGGAAAUGAGAAAAAAAAUUGAAAAUAAUGAAAACUUAGUUUUGAAGAUGGUCUUUUUCUUCUGGAGCCUCUUAAGCACCCAGCUGAUGUGAGAUGGUAGCUGGAAGAACGGAGUUGUGAAGGAGAAUAAGAGUCACCUGGGAAUUUUAAAGGGAGAGAUUCAUAGCAUGACAGAAUGAUUUGGGUUGGGGCAGAUCUUAAAAACAUGCAGUUCUAACCCCUGUGCUAUGGGCAGGGAACAAUUCCUUAUGCAAUGGUCAGUAAUGGAGAGAUCUGAGUGGGGUUUUUUUUGUGGAAAAACACUGGUUUUGGGUAUGUAUGGGAUUUUUUUUCUUGCUGAUGGUUUUGAAUACUGAAACUUGAAAUCAAGUGUUUAAAUUUUGAUUAAUAAAAAUGCCAACAUCAUGUGAACACACUCACUUUUGUUCCGUCCCAGGGUAUGGGAAUGUGCUCUUUUGUUGGGGGGAUUAUUCAAUUUCAUCCAUAAUGUGUGGAUUUCUGUGAUUUAGAGCUUUCUUUAGAUUCGGGGGCCAGAGUGGAUUUUGGAGGGAAUUUUCUUUGUUUUCCAAAUCUGCUUGAGAUGACUGCUUCAAUGGAUGAGUAGGGGAAAACACUGUCAGAAUUAUGUGAAUUAUGAAGUCAGAAAUGAGAUAUAUUAAGAACUGCAGAGGAAAAAAACAUUAUGUUGCUGAUUUUUCCUGCUAAUUAAUUGGGUUUCACAAGUACAGUUCAAGCAUGAAAAGCAGAAAAUUCUCCAUUUUUUCAUAUGUAAUGCAUCCAAAUUUUUUGCCAAUUUUCUACCACUGCUGUAGAAGCAGCGAUAGAUGUAGAGAAAAAAAAAAACUGUGUAGAAUGUUCCCUCUAUUUAUGCUGUAGCUGCUCAUUGCAGUAAAUAAAAACAUUUAUCAUUGGGGGUGACUGUUGCUUGAAUUAAACUUGUGAUUCAUUACAGAAGGGUAAUUACAGUUUUUAAAUUGUUUUGGUUUCUCAUCUUUAUGUAAUUUACUCAAUCUAAAGAUUAGGGAUGGUUUUUCUUUGGAGCUUUUUACUGUGCUGACUGCUUUGCAACCUCUCACACUUGUGAGAAUGAUGUUUAAGUAAAUUGAGGGGGUGUAACAUAACUUUCUGCUGCAGAGAAUGUUUCUCCAGGAUUAUGUUAAACUGCCUGUAAGAAUAAAUCAGUUGAUGCAUCAACCUCAUGAGCCUGAACAGAUUUUCAUUUAUCAUCUGUCCUGAUCUGUCAGAAUUGGCUCCACCAGGGUGCUUCAUACAAAGUAAUAAAAAUGUACCCACCAUGGAGGUGGGGCAGGUAAAGGGCUCAUCCUUCUUAAAGUCAUUUUCUGAAAGGUUUUCUGCACAACUGCUGUCCUAGCCUGAGUACUUCACUCUUGCUGGCAUCCCUCUAUCUUGAAUGAUGCUCACAGAAAUAUAGAGCACAGCCAUAGGUUCUGUCUUAGCAGGGUAAAUAUUUCCACUUACAAACAGUA